GUGAUCGGCCGCUGUCCUGCCCUCCUCUUCCUUCCUGUGCCUCUGGGGCCCUCGCAGACGUUCAUAACCAGCAGUUUAUCCCCCCCCCCUUGCUGUCGCCCUCCAUCUGCUGCCGGCUCGUGUAUACACUUUGGGACUCCUGCACUCCUUAUAAGUCUCCGGAUCCCGGGUCGCUCUUACAGGGGGUCGGCGGAGACGUUGCCAGGACGGAGAGGGGAGAGGAGCGGGCUGAGAGGGAUGUGUCAGACAGCGACAGAUCUGCGGAGGAGAGUUCAGCUGAAUGUUACACAGGUGUGAGCCUCCAUCAUCAUCCCCCAUGUGAAUAUCAUAGAGGUGUGAGCCUCCAUCUUCAUCCUCGUUCUGAAUAUUACACAGGUGUGAUCCUCCAUCAUCACCCUCGGUCUGAUAAAUGCCUUCUCUAUGGACCGCUCAGCAACCGAGGCAGACAUGGUCCAUCAGAAGGUGCAAGCCAUUCUCCGGGGCCUUGAUGGCCAGCACGCAGCGCUGCAUUCUGACCCAGGAAUGAUGAGAUGGACCCUGCACAAGAGUUUGGACCGGAACCCCUACAGCGGGAAUAUAAUGGUUGGGGUCCUCAUUAAGGAGUUGGAGAAGGCGGAGCUCGGCGACAACCUGCACUAUAUAAUCCCGUUGCUGCACACGCUGAUGUACGCCAUCACAAAGGCAGCGUAUAUCUCAGACGAACUCUACGAGCGGGUGUAUGUCUUCUGCAAGAAGAUUCUGACUCUGCCCAAACCCUACUGCACCAUCGGAUUGGACUACGCCCAGAAGAUCAAAACCGAGAAGAAAGUGCCAGGAUUUUCUUAUCAGAAAAUGGUUGUUUCCGAACAAAACCUGAAAAGACAACAGGACUUUCAGCAACAGGACAAGGUGCUGCUGUUUCUGGACCCCGGGCUGGUCUCAGAGGCCGUGUGUAACACUCUUCUACGGGAGACCCAAGUGUGUCAGAUGUCCCACACCUCCGUCUUAUGUAUGCAUUACGUCAUCACCAACAGCAUCCAGGCCGGGCUGGGAAAUGACUGUGACAUAGCUCUGCUGCAGAGGGUGCUAGAGAACCAAACCACAGAGGAAGUGGAGCUAUGGUUCCAGGAAGUUUUGUCUGCGGUGGAGCGAAGUGAACAAGAAGGCGGAGGCAACAGGAGAAGGCACAGCGAGCGCCUCAGGGAGAUCUACGACAAGAUUGUCACCUCGCCGCAGGAAGAAGAUCCAGAGUCCAAGCUUCAAAGGAUCCCUCUUCCCAGCCCGAAUAUUAGUGUCCACCUAUGGACUGACGACGAUCAACUAUGGAAGGAGCUGAUGCUGUUCACCCAUGAGACGCAAGCCACAGACGGCGAGAUCGAGUCGUUCAAGAUGCCGGAACUGGCAAUGGACUCAGAAGGCAACGAGCAGAACCGCAUUUCAGUGUGGUCCAACGACAGCGGGAUUGAGAGGGACUUGCCCGGGGCGGAGGAGAAGGAACCGGCCAAGCUGCACAGGAAGCCUUGUAUCAAGAAGAAAGGGCCCGACCUGGACUCCGCCGUCCUGCUUCAGAACCUCACCAAGGCGCCCAAGGGGAGCCGAACGGGGACACUACAAAGGCUGUCGGGGCAGAGCACUGAGGUCUCCUCCUGUCCUGACACGCUGCCCACUGCUCGGGUCAUCGUUCUGGGGGACGACCGGGCUCUGGGGAGACUGGCGAAAGCUUACUACUCAUUCAGGAAGAGAGAAGCCAGGAGGCCCCACAGGACCCUUAAGGCCAAUCUUCAGUUCUUUUGUAUCCCCGUCCAUGGAGAGCAGGCUGAUUCCAUGUCUGAUACGGAGGAAGCACCAAGUGAGAUGCAUGAACUGAGCAAGUACUUGGGUCAGGUGGACCCCUGGUAUGACCGUAACAUCAACACUCUCUGCGACAGGAUCUCCAGAAUUGCACUGAUGCCUCUAUGUCCGAGCAGAGACGCCGCCUCUGAUCCCUUCAUCCUAGAUGUCGCCUCAUACUACCUGCGCUAUGGACUGCAGCCGGUGUACUUUCAGAUUUACAAUGUGAAGAUCCACUUCAGAGACCUGACGCUGGAGCCGGUGGAGGAUGUCUUCCUGACUGAGCUGAAGGUGGAGAUGCAGGACUGCGCCUUUGCUAAAUUGAAUACGAUGACCAGAAAGAAGACCGUUGCAGAUUUUCGAGGCGCCGGGAUCCAGGUUCACUAUAAAAAGGCAUUAGCCAGUAACCGGGGGAAGGAUGCCUCUUUGGUGCUCAGAAGUGCUGGAGCUAUUAUCAAAGCCAUACCCAAUAAAGACAGUGAAGACUUGGUGUGUCUGAACAUCUGCACUGACGAGCCGGUGAAAUCCUCCUCAGGACGUUCAAGUUUGGGGAACAGCGAGGGGCGGAAGGCGUCCAGCGUACAGAUGAGGAGCCUGGAGCUGAGGACUCUGAGCCUCCAGCUGGACAAGGACAGCCGAAGGACCUACGCCAACGUCUCAAGCUUUGAGGUGGCCCCCUGCCAGGAGCCCGGAUAUAGCUUACAGAAGAUGAGGGCAUCUCGCGUCCAUGGGGACGGGAAGGAAGACGGCGGGCUGAGCCGAUACAUGACCAAAUCUCUACUGCUCCCAAUCAAUACAUUUGCGGGCAUUAUCCAGUGACGUCAGGAAGACCACUACUA